AAGAGUGAUAGACUGAAGAAUGAUCGACAGAAGAAUGAUAGACUGAAGAAUGGUAGACAGAAGAAUGAUAGACAGAAGAAUGAUAGACUGAAAAAUGAUAGACUGAAGAAUGAUAGAAGAAUAAUAAACCAGAAGAAUGAUAGACUGAAGAAUGAUAGACUGAAGAAUGAUAGACCGAAGAAUAAUAAACAGAAGAAUGAUAGACUGAAGAAUGAUAGACUGAAGAAUGAUAGAAGAAUAACAGACCAGAAGAAUGAUAGACUAAAGAAUGGUAGACUGAAGAAUGAUAGACAGAAGAAUGAUAGACAGAAGAAUGAUAGACUGAAAAAUGAUAGACUGAAGAAUGAUAGAAGAAUAAUAGACCAGAAGAAUGAUAGACUGAAGAAUGAUAGACUGAAGAAUGAUAGACCGAAGAAUAAUAAACAGAAGAAUGAUAGACUGAAGAAUGAUAGACUGAAGAAUGAUAGAAGAAUAACAGACCAGAAGAAUGAUAGACUAAAGAAUGGUAGACUGAAGAAUGAUAGACAGAAGAAUGAUAGACAGAAGAAUGAUAGACUGAAAAAUGAUAGACUGAAGAAUGAUAGAAGAAUAAUAGACCAGAAGAAUGAUAGACUGAAGAAUGAUAGACUGAAGAAUGAUAGACCGAAGAAUAAUAAACAGAAGAAUGAUAGACUGAAGAAUGAUAGACUGAAGAAUGAUAGAAGAAUAACAGACCAGAAGAAUGAUAGACUAAAGAAUGGUAGACUGAAGAAUGAUAGACAGAAGAAUGAUAGACAGAAGAAUGAUAGACUGAAAAAUGAUAGACUGAAGAAUGAUAGAAGAAUAAUAGACCAGAAGAAUGAUAGACUGAAGAAUGAUAGACUGAAGAAUGAUAGACCGAAGAAUAAUAAACAGAAGAAUGAUAGACUGAAGAAUGAUAGACUGAAGAAUGAUAGAAGAAUAACAGACCAGAAGAAUGAUAGACUAAAGAAUGGUAGACUGAAGAAUGAUAGACAGAAGAAUGAUAGACAGAAGAAUGAUAGACUGAAAAAUGAUAGACUGAAGAAUGAUAGAAGAAUAAUAGACCAGAAGAAUGAUAGACUGAAGAAUGAUAGACUGAAGAAUGAUAGACCGAAGAAUAAUAAACAGAAGAAUGAUAGACUGAAGAAUGAUAGACUGAAGAAUGAUAGAAGAAUAACAGACCAGAAGAAUGAUAGACUAAAGAAUGGUAGACUGAAGAAUGAUAGACAGAAGAAUGAUAGACAGAAGAAUGAUAGACUGAAAAAUGAUAGACUGAAGAAUGAUAGAAGAAUAAUAGACCAGAAGAAUGAUAGACUGAAGAAUGAUAGACUGAAGAAUGAUAGACCGAAGAAUAAUAAACAGAAGAAUGAUAGACUGAAGAAUGAUAGACUGAAGAAUGAUAGAAGAAUAACAGACCAGAAGAAUGAUAGACUAAAGAAUGGUAGACUGAAGAAUGAUAGACAGAAGAAUGAUAGACAGAAGAAUGAUAGACUGAAAAAUUAUAGACUGAAGAAUGAUAGACUGAAGAAUGAUUGA